AUGUCGACCAAGCCGCCCCGCGGAGAGCUCACGGACUCUGAUUCAGAGAACCCAUCAGAGGAGCUGACAGAGGUGGUUUGUCUGGAGUCAGACCUGCAGGAUGGACAGAUGAUGGAAGUUGAAGUCGGACAUCACGGUGUGCUGCUGACGCGCAGUGGGGGUAAAUACAGCGCCAUUGGGAACCAGUGUACACACUACGGCGCUCCACUUAGCAAAGGUUUUAUUUCGGGGAACAGAGUGCGCUGCCCGUGGCACGGCUCCUGUUUCAAUGUCCACACAGGCGAUCUCGAGGAAUACCCCGGCAUCGACUGUCUACCUUGCCACAAAGUCCAUAUUCAAAACAGCAAAGUGUAUGUGUCCAUAAAUAAAAAGACUCUCAGGCAGGAGAAAAGGACAAAGCGUAUGGGCACUGCAGUCCCAGGAGUUACUCACACUGUUCUGCUGCUGGGAGGAGGAGCCGCUUCACUCAGUUGUGCUGAGACGCUGCGGCAGGAAAACUUUGGUGGCAGGAUCAUCAUGGUGACCAGAGAAGACCUCCUACCUUACGACAAAACACGUCUGAGCAAGGUGAUGAACGUGGAGAGCGACAGCAUCCUGAUGAGGAGGAUGGAGUUUUUCCAUCAGUAUGACAUAGAGGUGUGGCUCAGGAAAGAAGCGCUUUCCGUGGACACAGACAAGAAGACGGUCACAUUUGAUGAUGGUUCAGUCCAGAGCUACGACCAACUCCUCAUUUCAACUGGCUGCAGAGCAAAGGGUCUGGAUGUUCCUGGCAUGAACUUGGGGAAUAUCAAGAUGUUGGAGACGCCAGAGGACAGAAAUGUGAAAUUCUACAUGAAUGAUAGCGUGACAGAGAUCCGAGGUGUGAAUGGCAAGGUGAAGGAGGUUGUGCUGAAAAGUGGAAAAGUUAUCCCAGCUGAAGUUUUGAUUGUAGGUAUUGGCACCAUGCCGAACUCAGAGUACCUAAAGGACACUAAAAUACAGAUGACCUCAAAAAACUUUGUAAACGUCGACAAGUACAUGCACACCAAUGUCCCCGAUGUCUUCUGUGGUGGUGAUCUGGCCAUGUUCCCACUGGCCAUUGCUAAAAACAGGAUGGUUAACAUUGGACACUGGCAGAUGGCACAAGCACAGGGGAGAAUAGUAGCUCUGAACAUGCUAAACAAAACAACUGAACUGAACUCAGUCCCUUUCUACUGGACUGUCCUUGUGGGUAAGACCAUCCGAUACACAGGCUAUGGGGAGGGAUACACUGAGCUCGUGAUAAAAGGACAGUUUGAGGACAGGAAGUUCCUCGCAUUGUACAUUAAGGAUGAGGAGGUCAUAGCAGCAGCUGGCCUGAACUUUGAUCCAGCAGUGUCGGCAGUAGCUGAGAGACUCGCAACAGGAAAAGUCAUCACAAAAGACGAGGCCCAAUCAGACGACCUGAGCUGGCUGCAGCUGUCCUGA